AGCCCCUUCGCCACGACAAGGCAGUGAUCCAUGAAGGGGAAAAUUCCUGUGUAUGAAUCAAAUAUGUUUUUAUCAGGUAUGAAGGAAGAUGACUUUAAAUGGUGACACAGAAAAGGUUAUGAUCCUGUUUCAUGAAGCUUUUCAGCUGAAUUCAUAAAGACCAUACAAGUCAUGACUUCUAUAAAGGAGCAAGCAGCAAUCAGUAGAUUAAUAACUUUCCUACAGGAAUGGGAUGGUGCUGGCAAAGUUACUAGAAAACAUAUUCUUGAAAAUUUCAUUCUUGCCAAUCAAGGCAAGACAGGUCCAGAACUGGAGAUAGAAUUCUCUCAGGGAGCCAGUUUGUUUUUGGCUCGUAUAACUGCUUGGCUCCGGUUGACCUAUAUGUAUGGAACAUGCCUAGAACAACAGUUAAAAUCAAUUGGCAUCUUUCUUUCAGCUGCAAGUGGCCAGCGAUAUCUUCUUGAAUUCCUGGAAAUUGGUGGUAUCCUCACACUAUUGGAAAUACUUGGGCUGAAGCAACUGAAAGAGGAAGACAAAAGGGAGUCUGUAAAACUUCUUCAGUUAGUGGCAAAUUCUGGCAGGAAAUUCAAAGAGCUUAUUUGUGAAAGCUAUGGCGUGCGAUCAAUUGCUGAGUUUUUGGCCAUUUCCAAGUCAGAAGCAACGCAAGAUCAAGUGCAGAUUCUUCUGGAUACUUUAGGACAUGGCAACCCCAAAUAUCAAAAUCAGGUGUACAAAGGGCUGAUUGCUCUUUUAAAGUGCACUUCUCCCAAAGCCCAGCAGCUGUCACUACAAACACUCAGGACAAUACAGUCAAUUGUGGGAAAAGCCCAUCCAAGCAUUGUUGAUUCUGUGCUGAGUGUGCUUCGUUCUCUGAAUUUGGAGGUACAAUAUGAAGCUAUUCAACUGAUCAAGGACCUUAUGGCCUAUAAUGUGCGACCUGCUGUGCUAAAAGGCUUGGUUGUAUUACUAAAGCCAUCAAGACAGGAAACAGCCAAGAUGCAAGCCAGAAUCCUGGAAGAAGCAGGCUCUUUGCACCUGAUGGAAUCCUUGCCGGCAUAUGUUCAGCAAGCUGCAGCAGCCAAAACCAUUGGAAUUCUGGCCCAGGAGUCCAGAGAAGUGGCCGAGGAGCUGAUCUUCUUGAAUGUGGUACAUGGCCUUAUGUGUGCCAUGGGCAACAAAGACCACACUAACUGUCAGAGACAGGCCAGCAUCACAUUAGAGUAUUUUGUACAGACGUUCAUAGUGAUUGAGAACUACGUACGGAGGGCCAUGGGAGAAAAAUUGUUCCAGCUAUUCGUGCAAGAUUCUACAAAUUUGUACUUGAAUAUGGAUGCUGUGCAGGCUGAUAUCCUGGCUACCAAUAUAGUCAGUAUUCCAGCAGAUUUUUUGGCUAAAGGAAAAAUGGCUUUAACAGAGACAGAAUCAAGCCCUGAAGAGGAAUGGCACACUGAAGAUAGUGAAGUAUCUUCUGAGCCACUUGCUUAAUUUCAUUCAAGUAUUAGGUUGAUUGCUGAUUUUCAUCUUCUCUCCAUUUCUCUGUACCCCUUGCAUAAUGUACCUUUUUCAAAGUCUUUUUGUGCGUCUCUAUGAACAACAGAUAGAGGACUACAUAACUGCAGUACACACUAUAUGGCUUUUGAGACACUGGGACAGGUGAUUCCUAUUUUCACUAUUUCCAAAAUUAUUUGACUAGUUUUCUCACCUGUUGUAGUAGUACACAGAUUGUACUGAACUACAAAUCCCAUAAUCUCCCAACAAGUAGUUAUGGUUCAACACCACUGGAAGGCAUAAGGCUCAGGAAAGCAUAAGGAACAAAAAAUUGGAUAAUUUUUUUGCCAGCUUCGUAGCCCAACCCUAACUCACAUCAUAAGUUUGUUAUAUUAAUGUGGAAUAAUUCCUUGUACAACUACCCUAGACUCUAAAGAGGAAACAGAAUAUCUGUGUUAAAUAAAAUUGCACUGAAUUGUUGCAUUUAAUCUGUAUUUCAAGGUUAUAUUUACCUUCAAAUUAAUUUUUUGCUUAAAUAUUUAAAUGAAUACUACCUUCUGCCAAAUUCUCUUAUACUCUGUAUGACCAAGGACACAAUGUUUCCAACUGCGUGUCUGCUAAGGAGUGUCUGCUAAGACAAACCUUAAUGCAGAACAGGUAGAGCAAUCUGUUGACUUCUAAAUGUUUUGAAUUAGUUUUCAUUAUCCUAGCUAGCAUGAGAUUGUAGUAGUUACAAUUCAAUAAACCUGGAAGACAGCCUACUGUCUACUCUGAAAGUAAGCAUCUCAAAAAUUCAUUAUAGAUGUGAGUAGUUUUUCCUCAGAAAACUUUAUAAAGAUCAUUUAUUUGGCCUGAAAAGAAUUGAAAACAUGAACCAUCCUUUUCUAGCAGCAUUCAU